AUGGCUACCACUACCACCCGCGGCUCUAGAGAUAGCCCUUUCCCUCCUCCCUCGGAGAGCGAGGUGAAGAAGGAGCUCGGCAUGAAGGGUGACACCAUCUCUGGCGGUUCGUCCUCCUCUGCGGAGCUGUCGUACCUCAAGACGCUCGUUUCGCAGCUCAACGACAAGAUCUCGCAGCUGGAAAGCAAGGCUUCGUCGGCCGUUUCGUCGAUCACCGGUUCGACGCCUGCUGGAGUUCGAAUGAUCCUCAUCGGGCCUCCGGGCGCGGGUAAGGGAACGCAGGCGCCCAAGAUUCUCGAAAAGUUCAACAACUGUGUUUGCCAUCUGGCCACGGGUGACAUGCUGCGCGAGCAGGUGUCCAAGCAGACCGAGCUCGGCAAGAUGGCCAAGAAGAUCAUGGACCAGGGCGGGCUCGUGUCGGACGAGAUCAUGGUGAGCAUGAUCAAGGACCAGCUGGAGAACAACCCGUCGUGCAAGGGCGGCUUCAUCCUCGACGGCUUCCCGCGCACCACACCGCAGGCCGAGAAGCUCGACGGCAUGCUCCGCGACAAGAACCAGAAGCUCGACCACGCCGUCGAACUCAAGGUCAACGACAACCUCCUCAUCUCGCGCAUCACCGGCCGCCUCAUCCACCCGGCCUCCGGCAGAAGCUACCACAAGGAGUUCAGCCCCCCCAAGAAGCCUAUGACCGACGACAUCACCGGCGAACCCCUGAUCCAGCGCUCCGACGACAACGCAGAGACCCUCAAGAAGCGUCUCGCCACCUACCACGCCCAGACCGCCGCCGUCACCGACUACUACAGGAAACAGGGCAUCUGGUCCCCCGUCGACGCAAGCCAGGCCCCCAAGGUCGUCUGGCAGUCCAUCAACGCCAUCUUUGACACCAAGAAGCAGCAGCAGCCCACGAAGUAA